AUGAAGAAGAGAAUAAAAAGUUUAAUUAUUGAGAAUGCAGCAUUAUGUGAUGAAGUGGCUAAAAUACAAGAAAAUAUACUUAUGGUUAAAGACGAACGAAAAUUUUUAUUGCGUAAGUUAUUGGAGUACGAAAAUGAAAUUGAAUUGAAACAACAAACAAGUUAUUACAGAGAAUCUAUGACACAAAAUGGUUCUAAAGCUAAACCCAAGAAGAGACGAAGCCUAGAAGACAAUGGAAAAACGAUAUCUUCAAAUUGUUAA